UACUACUCUUUUGCUACAGAGAGUCACAAACAUUUCAAAGAAGAAAGGAAACCCAAAACGGAGAUAUGGCAAAGAUUCAGAGGUGUAACUAUGUUUUGUAUCUCUUGGUUUUAAUACUGUUGAUGAUGAAUAUAUUCUUUUUUAUUAAAGAGUUGGAGUCAAAGAGCAAAUGCAGCGAGCAGGAGAAGAGGAAGCUGAGUUGGAGCCAGAGAGCAGCAGAGGAAGCAGAAGCAGUAGCCUCAAUUUCAUGCUCAGGCCAUGGAAAAGCCUAUCUUGAUGGCCUUGUUGUAGAUGGAAUUCCUACUUGUGAAUGUUAUACUUGUUAUGCUGGACCUGAUUGCUCUUUACUUAUCCCCAACUGUUCUGCUAAUGCUUUCGGUUGGGAUCCCCUAUUCUAUGAGCCAUUCUGGAUGGAAAAUGCAGAAAGCAGUGCAGUAGUGAUAGCAGGUUGGCAUAGAAUGGCUUAUUCCUUUCCUGAUCCAACCUCUCACCUUUCCCAGGAGCUCGAGAAAACCAUAAGGAAGUUACAUUCAGUUGCAAAGAACGCAAUUACAGAUGGAAGAUACAUCGCUAUUGGUGUAGGCGCUAGUCGCCUACUCAAUGCUGUAGUUCAUUCUCUUUCCAUGGAGAAUUAUUCUUCCUCACCUUACCCUGCAAAAUUUUUCGCGAAACCUCCUCAUUAUCCGUUCUAUAAGCUUCAAACGGACUACUUGCAAACACGACAUUAUGAGUUUAUAGGAGAUCCAUCCAUGUUGAACGACACUGAUGUUGGUGGAGAUGUGUUUGAGUUUGUGACUUCACCAAGCAAUCCAGAAGGGAAUUUAGAAGGUCCAGUUCUGAAAGGCGGCCCGAAUGUGAAGUACAUUUUUGAUAGGGUCUAUUAUUGGCCUCAGUUCACAGCAAUUCCAGCUCCUGCUGAUGAUGAUCUCAUGAUUUUCUCCUUGUCUAAGCUAACUGGUCAUGCUGGAACCAGACUCGGGUGGGCUGUUGUGAAGGACGUGAAUGUGUAUAAUAGAAUGAAGGAGUAUAUUCAUCAGGCUGAUAUGGAGAUGUCUAAAGAUACCCUAUUGAGAGCUUUAACUAUUCUGAGAGUUGUUACUGAAGGAGAUGGCAAGAAAUUCUUCAAUUUUGCACAUGAAAUCUUGAGGGAUCGCUGGGAAAAAAUUAGUCACAUCUUCUCCCUUUCUAAACGUUUCAGCAUUCAACAUAUUCCAACUCAGUAUUGCACAUUUCUUAACCGAGCAAGAGAACCAUCUCCAG